CGGUUAGCGAAGUGUUCGCCUAGCAGCUGCAGCGGCAGCUACGUCAGCAGCUGCAGCAGCAGCUGCAGCCUCAGCCUCCAAGCGUUGCUCUUCUCGCCACGCCUCUUGAAGCUGCUGCGUUACGGCUCGGCAGGCCCGGGCAAAGCGCUGCCAGCACUCCGGGCUCCGCAGCAUCUCGCUCAUCAGGUUAUCCGGCGUGAGGGGGGUGCGGCCGUCAUCCGCCAGCAGCUCCGCUCUUUCCCGCUGGACGAAUUCAGUAUUGGACAGCUGCCAAAAGCUGUGUUGUUUUGUUUACCGUUGUCGGUGUCAACAGCAGUGGAACGCUCGAAUCGGAUCAAAGUAGGAAGAAAAUGUUAGCCAUUCAACCAACAAAUCCGGUGGGCAUUCCGGAUAAAUUGUGGCAACCACACUUUGUGACGUUCGAAACAACGAUGGGUGAACUCACCGUGGAGCUGUACUGGAAACAUGCGCCUAAUACGUGCAGAAACUUUGCGGAAUUAGCUAGAAGAGGCUACUACAAUAGUACAAUAUUCCAUCGCAUCAUACGCGACUUCAUGAUCCAAGGAGGGGACCCAACAGGCACCGGACGCGGCGGACAAUCCAUUUACGGGGCCACCUUUGCGGACGAAAUACACUCGGACUUGAAACACACCGGCGCCGGCAUCGUUUCGAUGGCAAACUCCGGACCUGAUACGAACGGGUCCCAGUUCUUCAUAACGCUCGGCCCAGCGCAAUGGUUGGAUGGGAAGCAUUCGAUUUUUGGCCGAAUCCAUUCCGGGAUGCAGAUUGUGAAACGGAUAGGGCUGGUGGAAACCGACAAAAACGAUAGACCUGCGGAAGCUGUGAAAAUUGUUAAGGCGAAGGUCGAAAAAUACUGAUUGUAAGAAUCCCGAAUUUGCCUCCCAAAACGGGAUGGGGUGUUUUUUCUUACUCAUCCCGAAAUUAAAUCACCGUCUGCUUGUUUUAA